AUGUCGCUGGAGUUCCUCUUUUCCCGGUUGGCGGUGCGGCCAACGACAACAACCACCUCCCAAAUCUGUCGACAAUGCCGUCGUCGCGGAGUAGCCACCGUUCCGCCCCGCGCCACAGCUUCCCUAUCGCAAUCCCUCCAAUCCUCCCGUGAGCAACAACAAUCCCCCUCCGCGCGCCAAACCUCCACCUCUCGACCCGCCCGCUCCACCUACGACAUUGCCUCUUCAGCAAUCACCGAAUCCACCACCAAAACCACCCUCUACCAACAAUCCCAAGCCCAGCGAGACCUCACCCGCGGCUACACCGCCAACGACCUCUCCCGCCAAGUCUCCCGCAAAUGGAAGACCGGCGAUGUCUACUCCCCCCACGACCUCAGCGGGCCCGAAAUGGCCAAGUGGAAGAAGUUACGCAGGAAGCCGAGACCGAAAUAUGAUGUGCUGGAUCAAUUGGGCAUGAACCCGUUGCAUUAUUACAAGAAUUUCAGCAUCAUGAGUGAGUACAUUACGGAUAUGGGGAGGAUUCGAGGGGGUUUGGAUACGGGAUUGAGGCCGGUUAAUCAGAGGAAGAUGGCCAAGGCCGUGCGGAGGGCCAUGGGCAUGGGUUUGAUGCCCGGCGUGCAUCGCCAUCCCGAGUUGUUGAGGAGGGAGCAUAAGAUUUAA